AUGAUUAUAGAAAUUAAAUAAUUUUUAAAUGGUGAAAAUGAUGAUAUUCCUAACAAAAUUUAAGAGAUAUCUCAAACCGAGGAAGGCUUUAAAUUCUGGAAGAAUGUCAUUUUUAAAUUCAGAAAAUUAAACACCUCCUAAAUUGAAAAAAUUUAUCAUCUCUUUGAAACAUCCUAUAUUAAAAAUAUCCCUGAAAUUUCAAGCUAAGAAAAACUAACUGAAUAUUUGUAGCUCUGUAGAUUGUGUUCCAAUUUCACUGAAGGUAAAUACAUAAAAUUUGAAGAAAUUUAUAAGAAAUUGCUCUAAUAAUAACAAGAUUUUAUUUAUGAAAAAUUACUUGUCUUAGGAGAAUAUGAACUCAUUCAUCAAGGAUUAACGAUAGAAUAAAUUAGUUAAGUUAAGCCUUUAUAUUUAAAGAAAUUUUUGAAAUAUAUUCUUCUUAAUAAAUUGGAUGAAUACAUAAAAUAUUUAUCGCUUAUCAAAUAAAAUCCAUAAUUAUUGUUAAAGCUGGCUUUAAAUGCUAAGGUUAAACAAAAUACAGAAUAAAUAUUGUACAACAUUUCUAAGGAAACAACUAUCCAUAAAGAUUUGUUUGAUAGUUUAAUACUUAAUUGGAGUAACAAGAAUUUUAUUAAGCAUGCAUCAUUUAAAACCUAAUUGUAUUGCAGUCAUCUUAUUGUUUUGUUUAUUAAUGAUGGAUUUAAUAAUGAUUUAAUACAUGAUGGGAUUUAGAAGCGAUUAAAUUCAUAAGCCAAUAUACCUAGAAAAUGCGGAAUUUUAGUAUGGAAAGCUUUUGUGAAAUCAUUAAAUAUUCAAGUAGAAGAUGGCUUUGAUGAACUGAAUGAUGAUGAAGUCGAUGAAGUUUGGAAUGAAAAAAAAAAAGAAGAAAUUAUUUAGAAAGAAAAUGAAACUUAAAUCAUUUAGCCAGCCUAGGAUUUUCAUGAUUUUGAAAUAGAGAAUGAAGAAAAUGAACAACCUCUUCUUGUUAAGAAUCUUUAUGAUUGUAUUCUUGCAUUAAGAAGUGAAGAUUAAUCCAGAAUUGAACAAGCUUUGAAACACCUUCCAUAUCUAAUUAGAAAUAGCUUAGAUCUUCAUAUCCAUGGAUAAACUCUGUGUGACAUUCUCAUUCUAAAUAGAGAUUGGAAAAACAGUCAAGAAGAAAUGAGGAUUAAAGCUCUGGUGGCUUUGUCGAUAAUGCAACCUUUAAUAACUGAUCAUUUAAUCGAAGUGUAUUUUAGUGAGGAAAUUUCAAUCAUGCAAAGAAUCUACAUAUUGAAGAUUAUUAGAGAAUCAGCCAUAGAACUUUCAUCUAAUCCCAAAAAGUAUCAAUUAGAGAAUUACAACAAUUUUGAAAAAUCUUAAAAUGACUCUUUUUAUUUUAAAUAAAUUAGCACUACAUACAAAACUGAAGAAUAAGCAGCUAUUAAAAUUAGACCAGCUCCAUAAUCUAGAAGGUGGGGACACACUAAAAGAGCUUAUGAAGGGCUUUAAAUUGUCUCCCCAUACAUUAAUAGAUUUCAUUAAUUGACAGAACAUUUUUAUUUCCCCUUGUUAAUUUAUUCCUAAUCUAAACAUAAGUUGCUAUUGGCCAGAGAACCAUUAUUAAUGUUAAAUUUCUUAGAAGUACUUUUGAGGAUGUUGGAUUGUGGACAAAAUGCUUUGCAUAUUUCGAAAAUGGUGUUUGAGGCUUUUGACUUUUUGUUGAAUUUUGAUAAAAAUAAAAACAUUGAGAUCAUAUUGAUGAAGUUAAGAAUCAUACUCAAAAUUACUAUUCUCCUAAAAGGACAAUUUGAUGACAGAUUAGAGAAGAUAUUAUCAUCUUUGAAGUAUGACGAUCCUUAGGCUAAAUAAUUAUACGAUUUGAUAUUAUAAAAUUUAGGAUUUUGA